GUAAUCAAGGGCGAGUGAAACUGCAUCCAAGACUUGCUUCACCAGGAUGACGACCCCGAAUCCAGCGCUGAGAAGGGAGGUCAUUGCCAUUUACAAAGAGCUUCUGAAUCUGGGCAAAGCAUAUCCCCUUGGCUACGACUAUUUCCGCCCUCGCCUCCACAAAGCAUUCGCCAGCAACGCAUCUCUCACAGAGGAGAAAGACAUUCGAAAGGGUGUUGAGCGCGCUGAGUUCGUGAAGAAAGAAAUCGAAGCCCUGUACUACUUGAAAAAGUACCGCUCGAUGCGCCAACGAUAUGACAAGCUCUAGCCUCAUGGCCUUGGUUGAGGGAUACCCCUCUCCUCCGCAGUUUCCCUCUGCGUACACCCCACAAAGAUCGCCCCGCCUCAAUAUAUAUCACGGACAUGAGCCGUUCGGCAUUCAGAGCGCCGCA